UUUUCAGCUCAUCCAGCUGGGUCAGCUCAAUCAACCAGAAAAUUAGAAAGGCCAGUUAAUUAACUUCUUAAUACCAAUAAAACCCUUCAUAUUUCCCAUUAAUUACACCUUCACCCUCUUCUAACCUCUCUACUGUGUUUCUACCUAGCACUACUAUAACCCUCAGCUCACGCUAAAGCUUUGAGGGAGAAAAUCUCUUUCGCUCCCGCUCCACAGGGCAAAUCAUGGCCAAACUUUCUUCCCUAUUCGCACAUUUUUUGCUCUCUUUUUUGUUCUUCUCUCUGGUCUUAGCUAUUCCAAACCCUGAUUUGAAGCCAUUAAUGGACUUCAAAUCAGCUGCUGACAAGUCCAACAAGCUAACUUCGUGGAACUCAACCACUCACGUAUGCACCUGGAGCGGAGUCACCUGUUUCCGGAACCGAAUCUCUCGGCUCGUACUGGAAAACCUCGACCUGACCGGCUCCUUCCAACCCCUUGCUUCACUCACCCAGCUUCGUGUACUUAGUCUAAAGCAAAACCGUCUCUUGGGUCCGGUUCCCGACCUUUCUAAUCUCACUGCUCUCAAGCUCCUCUUUUUAUCUCACAACCAGUUCACCGGUGAGUUCCCAGCUUCGGUUACCUCGUUGUUUCGGUUGUACCGUCUCGAUCUGUCGUUUAACAACUUUACCGGUGGGAUUCCCGUGACGAUCAACCGUUUGACUCAUCUUUUAACGCUCCGGCUUGAGGAGAACCGGUUUUCAGGGCCGGUUUCUGGUUUAAAUCUUCCAAAUCUCCAGGAUUUAAACAUUUCUGCUAACAGGCUUUCUGGUGAAAUACCCGAGUCUUUGUCGAGUUUCCCAAUGGCGGCCUUUGGUUCAAAUACAGCUCUUUGUGGAGCUCCAUUGGAGAAAUGUAAGAGCAUUGAGAGUUACCCAAAAAAACCAGGAUCCGACGGGGCAUUGGCGUCGCCGUUAAUGCCAGGUCGAAACCCAACUGUUAUAGCUUCAUCCCCAAGCUCAUUACCAGCAAGUGGAAACCCCAACAGAACCCCGAACUCUCAACGUCGUCAUAAUGCAGGCAAGAUAAGCCCACUCGCUUUAAUAGCAAUUAUAUUAGGCGAUGUUUUGGUUCUGGCUUUGGUAUCUCUCUUGCUUUAUUGUUACUUCUGGCGAAACUACGUUGCAAAAAUGAGAGACGGGAAGGGUUCCAAGGUGCUUGAAGGAGAAAAAAUCGUCUAUUCUUCGAGUCCCUAUCCAGCACAACCAGGUUUCGAGAGGGGAAGAAUGGUGUUUUUCGAAGGGGUUAGGAGGUUUGAGCUGGAGGAUUUGUUGAGAGCUUCGGCGGAAAUGUUGGGGAAAGGUGGGUUCGGGACGGCAUAUAAAGCGGUAUUGGAUGACGGAAAUGUGCUGGCCGUGAAGAGAUUGAAAGAUGCAAACGUGGGUGGGAAGAGAGAGUUCGAGCAACAAAUGGACGUUCUGGGAAGGUUGAGGCAUCCCAAUCUGGUUAGCUUGAAAGCUUACUAUUUUGCCAGGGAAGAGAAGCUGUUGGUCUACGACUACAUGCCCAAUGGUAGCUUGUUCUGGCUACUUCAUGGGAACCGAGGACCUGGGAGAACACCAUUGGACUGGACUACAAGGCUCAAAAUAGCAGCCGGAGCAGCUCGUGGCUUGGCUUUUAUUCACUACACAUGCAAGGCUCUUAAACUCACCCAUGGUAACAUCAAAUCCACGAAUGUCCUCCUUGAUAAAUCAGGGGAUGCACGCGUGUCAGACUUCGGGCUCACCAUCUUCGCAUCACCCACCAACAAUGCCCCAAGAUCAAACGGCUACCGUGCACCGGAAUUAUCAUCUGAUGGUCGGAAACCCACCCAGAAAUCCGAUGUGUACUCCUUUGGUGUGUUGCUACUUGAGAUACUGACAGGGAAGUGCCCUUCUGUAGUGGAUAAUGGUGGGGCAGCAGUGUAUGGAUAUGGUGGGCCCGUGGAUUUGCCCAGAUGGGUACAGUCGGUGGUGAGGGAAGAAUGGACGGCGGAGGUUUUCGAUUUAGAGCUAAUGAGAUACAAGGACAUCGAGGAGGAAAUGGUUGGGCUAUUGCAGAUCGCAAUGGCUUGUACUUCCGCAUCACCUGAUCAACGGCCUAAAAUAAGCCACGUAGUGAAGAUGAUUGACGAGAUUCGUGGGGUAGAAGUGUCACCGAGUCAUGAUCAAGCACUUGACUCGGUAUCCGACUCACCUUGCUUGUCUGAAGACACAUGCGGCGGAGCUGUUAGCCAGUGAUUGUUGCAAGUUUCCCAUCAGUUAGGUAAAAAAAAGAAAAAAGGCAUUGAAGUUGAUGUAAAAUCACAUUUUUGUCCUUUGAAACUUAAUGUUAGUUUUGUGCUAAUUGAAGAGAUUAAGAAUAUUGGCAAA